AUGGAGGGAGAGCCUUAUUAUCAUUUCAAACACCGCGGCACCAGGCAGAAAGCCUUAAGCAGACACUGGGGCUGGAAUAUGCGCCUGACAAAAGAGCCGAAGGUCCUCUGGUUUGAGCAGCAAACCCUAAAGAGGCGCACAAAGAGAAGCGUCAGCGUGGUGCCGACAGACCCCUGGUUCCAUAAACAGUGGUACAUGAACAAUGACAUCAAUCCUGAUCUAAACACCCUCACCGCUUGGAGCAAAGGGUACACCGGGCUGGGGGUCGUGCUGACCAUCCUGGACGAUGGGAUCGAGAAGGAUCAUCCGGACUUGUCUCCCAACUACGACCCCCUGGCGAGUUACGAUUUCAACAGUAACGAUCCUGAUCCCCAGCCCAGAUACAGCGCUGAGGACGAGAACAAGCAUGGGACACGUUGUGCAGGACAAGCAGCAGCCGCAGCCAACAACGGGAUCUGUGGGGCAGGCGUUGCGUACAACGCCAAAAUCGGAGGUGUGCGGAUGCUGGACGGUACCAUCACUGAUGUGGACGGGCCGGGUGUGCUGGCCGCAGAGGCUUUCUACAGAGGAGUCACCAAAGGACGCGGUGGCCUUGGCUCCAUCUUCAUUUGGGCCUCCGGCAAUGGUGGGACCAACUACGACAACUGCAACUGUGAUGGAUACGCCAACAGCAUCUACACCUUGUCGGUGGGCAGCGUUCUGGCAGAUGGCCAGAGGCCCUGGUAUGGCGAGAGCUGCUCCGCCAUCCUCACCGCCACCUACAGCAGCAGGACCAUGAGCGAGGUGCAGAUCGUGACCACCGACCUGCACCACCGCUGCACCGACAAGCACACGGGCACCUCCGCGGGAAUCAUCGCCCUCGCGCUGGAGGCCAACCCGGCACUGACCUGGCGGGACGUGCAGCAUCUGGUCGUCAGGAGCUCCAAACCCGCUCACCUGCAGGCAGAAGACUGGGCUGUGAACGGGGUUGGACGCAAAGUGAGCCACCACUACGGCUACGGGCUCCUGGACGCUGGGCUGAUGGUGGAGAUGGCCAAGGGGUGGGCGAGAACGCACCCUCAGCGGAGGUGUUCAGUCAAGGCUCUUCAUGCCCCCCGGAACAUCGGCUCCGUGCUCACCAUUUCUACAGACGUCUCCUCCUGCUCAGAGAGGACCAAGCUCAUCCGCUCGCUGGAGCAUGUCCAGGUCCAGCUCUCCCUGAGCUACAGCCGCAGAGGGGACCUGGUGAUCGCUCUGACCAGCCCUGCGGGGACCACGUCCACGCUGGUGACCCUGCGCCCCUACGACAUCAGCCGAGAGGGCUACAAGGACUGGACCUUCAUGUCUACACACUUCUGGGACGAGAACCCCAACGGGACCUGGACACUUCAGCUGGAGAACAAGGGUGAUGCCUAUAACACCGUCGCCCACGUCUGUGUCAGCUGCCACCCCUCCUGCUACACGUGCCAGGGCCCCUCGGCCAACAACUGCACAGCCUGUCCCUCCGCCUGCACCCUUCAUGAGCGCACCUGCACCUGCUCCCCCCUGCAGGGUGUCCCCCCCAAGGAGGGGCUGCAAAGCCAGCUUCUCCCUGUCCUCAUCUGUGGGAGUCUGGUCCUCCCAGCUGUCCUCUACACCAC